AUGAUGCUACGCUUGUUCCGCCUCAGUCGGUUGAUGCGAAUGGUCAGGUUGGUGAAGAUCUUUGAACAAUGCGAUGCCUUGUAUUUGAUGCUGACCUCGAUUCGCGCCUCCUUCGCAGCGCUCGCGUGGUCCAGUGCCUUGAUUCAGAUGAUGCUGGCCCUCGCCAUUGUCACCCUGGUGGAGCCCUAUUUUUCGGAUCCCAAUGCCACAGGUGACAAGUACGCGGUCUACUCCUACUAUGGCACCUUUACCCGUGCCAUGCUCACCUUGUUUGACACUUGGAUCGAGAUUACCCUGGGGAACUUUGUGCCCGUCACGCGGCUGAUGAUGCAAGACGUCUCCGAGCUGUACGUGAUGUUCGCCUUGGUUCACAAGUUGGUCAUCGGAUUUGCCGUUGUGAUGGUGAUCACGGGCGUUUUUGUCCAAGAAACCUUUUCUGUGGCGCAGACAGACAACACUAUCAUGAUCAACCAGAAAGAGAGAGCACUCGAGCUGCACAUCGCCAAGAUGACCGCCCUCUUCAAAGCGGCUGACUAUGACUCCAGCGGCCGUUUGGACCGAGGAGAGUGGUUGCAGGUGUGCGACGAUUACUCAGUGCAGCUGUGGUUGGCAGCCAUGGGCUUGGACGUGAGCAAUGCUGCAUUGGUUCACGAGCUGAUUUGCGCAGCAAGCAACCAGCAGGACCUCAAUGCCAAGGACUUGGUCUCGGGCAUCGCCAGGCUCAAAGGCUCCGCGCGGAACAUCGACAUGGCGCUCUUCCGCAAGGCGCGCGCGCGCGCGGUCGCGCGCGGAGCCAAGCAGGGCGGGACAGAAGGUCGGUCGGACGGAGAGAGGAGCGGCGUGGUGAGACGGUGUCGGCAGUGUGGGUCGGAAGAGGAUGGAAGAUAG